AUGGAGAACAUUAACUUUAUUAAACUUUUCAUAUUAAACGAUCAAAAGCCCACGCAUUUGAUCUAUGGUGGUUUGUGUUGGAAAAAGGAACUAAUAAAUAAACUCGUAGUAGAGAUGUCCAACAUAGGAGUACGGACCUCAGCGUCAUUUAAACCAAGGUCCAAGUAUCAAGAUCACGCCAUAAUGUAUCUGACGGACCUGGACUGUACCCAGUCGAGGACUGUUCUUUCUUACGCUUCAUCCAAGGAACUGUUUCAAUUCACGUACCGCUGGCUGAUACUCGUGACUUCGCCACAACUGCACCAGUCCAAGAUCUCCUUACUCGAGAAUGGACCGGUGCUGGUUGACAGUGAUGUGGUGCUUGCUGAGAGAAUUGGACACAUGUUUAAGAUGACCGAAUUGCACAGACCUGGCCCAAACGGAUCCAUGAUAUCGACUCCCCGCGGCUACUACAACGGUAGCAUGGUGGACGUGCGCGCGCACCGCGAGCUGUACCGACGCCGGCGCGACAUGCGGGGGCACGCCAUCACUAUGUCUAACGUCAUCCAGGACAGUAACACUACUCGUCUGCAUCUACCUAGGGAGGAUAGACUAAAACUUCAAUACGAUUCGAUAACUAAAGCCUGCUGGUCUGCUGCUAAGAUAGGCUUCGAGAUGAUCAACGCGACUCCUCGGUACAUCUUCAGCUACCGGUACGGGUACAAAGUGAAUGGGCAGUGGUCUGGCAUGAUCGCUGAUCUCUACGCUAACAAGGCUGAUAUGGGUACGAACUGCGUAAUCUUCCGCGAUCGUUUCGACGUGGUAACCUACACAGACCUGGUGGCUCCCAUGCGUAUGCUCUUCAUCUUCCGGCAGCCCCCACUGGCCUAUGUGGCUAAUGUGUUCUACCUUCCAUUCUCUACAAGGGUGUGGGUGACGAUAGCCGUGUGCACUGCUAUAGCAACUGUAACUCUAUUCCUAGCUAGUAAGGUGGAAAUUGUUAUUACAAAGACUACAACUCAACAGCAGUUGGACGGUGGGAUAUGUGACGCUCUGUUGUUGACCAUGAGUGCCGUCACUCAGCAGGGAUGCUACAUAGAACCUAGGCGAGCACCAGGUCGCAUGAUGGUGUUCGUGCUGUUCACGGCGCUGAUGGCGCUGUACGCGGCGUACUCCGCCAACAUCGUGGUGCUGCUGCAGGCUCCCUCCGACUCCAUCCGCAGCCUGCUGCAGCUCGCCAACGCUAAGAUCACGCUCGCAGCCAAUGACGUCGAUUACAACCAUUUCGUUUUUAAUCAAAGCAGAGAGCCUUUAUACAUAUCUAUUCGCGACAGAGUCUUUCCUGAGAAUGGUAAAGCAAAACUUUACAGUCUUGCUGAUGGUGUUGAGAGAAUCCGUCAGGGUCUGUUCGCUCUCCACUCAGUGGCAGAACCAGUGUACCGUCAGAUCGAAGCCACAUUCCUGGAGAGUGAGAAGUGUGACAUAGCGACAGUGGACUACCUCGUCACUUUCGACUCUUUCACCCCUGUGAGGAAGGGGUCACCUUACUUGGAGCUGAUUAGAGUUGUCCACAAGCAGAUCCGUGAGUCUGGUAUUCAGUCAGCAAUCCGUAGAAGGUAUCUCGUCUCCAAGCCUCAUUGUACGACCAAGAUGUCCUCGUUCAGCAGUGUGGGGCUGAUGGACAUGCGGCCCGUGCUCAUACUGAUGCUGUAUGGUGUUGCCGUCUCCGUUAUCAUCGUGUUUGGCGAGAUUAUUGUGCAUAAAUUAAUUAACCGGUACUAUAAGCAGAAAUCGAAAGUUCAGAUGGUUAAGACGAUACAUUACUAA